AUGCCUUCCCUUCCCUUUUAUUACAGCAGCCCAGCAAUCAGCAAAGGAGCUACAGCAACUUGUUUACAUUGGAUACACACACCGUUUACUGGUAUUGCGAAUGCACAAGACCCCUCCCAUGCGUUGGGGUGGGUGGGUGGGUGCAUGAGUGUUGGUUGGGAAAGGCUUGGGAAUAUCCUUUAUCCUAUUUACUUUUCUCCUUUUCCUCCACACUUUAAUGUGGACAUUAAAGUGAUGGAGAGAUCAGACCUCCCCCUGCUGUCCUUUUUGGAAACAGCCUUUGCCAUGAAUGAACAUAAGAGCAAAUUUGCAAGAUAA